AUGGUGUACAGCGCUGCAGACAGCCUGGACCAGCUAGGGGUGCGAGGGGAGGGGGAGUAUGUGGAGAAUGGGGGUGAUCAGACUCUGAAGUGGACCUCCCGUGGGUACAAGACCAUCUUUGAGAUACUGUCGUAUAUGUUCUGUUUGGUAACUCCUAGAGAAAGUUUCCCAACGUCUCCGAGGAGCUGCCCAUCAUGGAGAAGGUUCUGUUCGGCAAAGGAGGUGCAGGGGGUGGACUAUGGUCAGGGGGAGGGGAAGGUAGUAUUGAGAUGUUCUGACGGUAGUAGCUACACAGCUGAUCACGUGGUCAUCACAGUGUCACUGGGGGUGCUCAAGAAACACAUGGAGAUGUUCAACCCUCCCUUGCCACGGAGUAAGACUAAUGCUAUCCAGACUUUGGGAAUAGGGUGUGUCGGAAAAGUGUUUCUCUUAUUUCCAACUCGAUGGUGGCCUGAAUAUAUCAACGUAAUUGUUCCAAUGUUUUCUAAGAAACAGCUUGAAGACUUCAAGAAAAAUUCCACCCAUGGUUACUGGACCGCCCACACCUCCGGGUUCUGGCCGGUGAUGCAGCAUGAGCGCAUGCUCUGCUCGUGGUUUUCAGGGGAAGCUUGUAGAAUCAUGGAGAAGUUGACGGAAGAAGAAGUCAUCCAGGGUCUGCUUCAGCUGCUUAACGCUCUUGUAGGCAAACAACAUCAGAUUCCCCGACCUGAAGGCAUUCUGAGGACUAACUGGGCCAGCUAUCCCUACACGUUAGGAUCAUACUCUUUUCCCACGCCGGAUAGCGAUCGUCUAAAUGUAACUAGAAGUCAUCUAUCCGAGCCUGUGCUACAUCAUGAUAAACCUGUUUUACUGUUCGCUGGGGAGGCCACUCACCCUCACUACUGGAGUACAGUGCAUGGCGGACUGGCAACAGGGAUUAGGGAGGCAAACAACCUACUAAAGUAUCUCCAGAUAGCCUGA